AUGCCAAUACCAAACAACAAUCAUCAUUCUUCACCACCUAGAACAGAUUCUUCACAACAUCGCCUAUUAAUCAAGGGUGGACGAGUAGUUAAUGAUGAUGGAACAAUGCUUGCAGAUGUCUUUAUUGAAGAUGGUGUUAUCAAACAAGUUGGUCUUAAUCUUAAUGUACCUGCUGGAACAAAAACAAUCGAUGCUACAGGAAAAUUGGUUAUGCCGGGUGGUAUUGAUACACAAACUCAUCUUGAAUUGCAAUUUAUGGGUACAAAAACAAUCGAUGAUUUUUAUACGGGUACCAAAGCAGCCGUUGCUGGCGGAACAACAACCAUACGUAUGUAUCGGGAGAAGAAAAAGAAAGCGUUUUAG